AUGCUGCCCGAAAAGUGGAAAACGAGCCAUAAGAAGCUCGAGAAAUGCCCGCCUAGUUACGCCGAUACGCAGUUGGCUACUGAGAAAGAGACCUAUUGGGAAAAGAUACGCCCUCGUGAUUGGGCCGACAUGGACCUUUCCUGGCAUAAUCAUCCAUCGGAAAAAUCCAGCCUCAUCCUCGAAUUCAAACCCAAGCCAGGUCAAAAAAGGCUCUUCAGAGACGCGAGCGAGCCUCAUUGGCAUGCAAUGAUGAGAAUCAGGGCAAAGAACGUACCGCGGUUGAUGCGCGAUGGCUACUUCCAGUGGUCGCCGAGGAAUUAUUGUGAGGGCAGUUCGGCGCUCAGAUUGGACGAUAAGCUAUGGCCUGAACGGCUUGGCUGCGAUGAGUCUUGGAGACAGACCCGGAUUUACGCGCUCAAAGAUGAAGGAGACAACCCUGAAUGGCACGCUACACUUGCUGUGGUCUCAAAGGAGCGUUUUACAGUCCUGAACUUCGACUUGGGCAUAAUUACGCUUGAUACGAUACAUGUGGUCAAGGCAUACAACUGGAAAGGGGAACAGGUGUACGAGGCUAGUCAGUCACGACCCGCCGAGAACUUCAAUCUCAUAUACCCAAAUAUUGUCUUGGGCGGAUGGUGGGGCGGACCCGAGCCAGCUCCAACUCAGACACAGGCCAUGUUGGACAAUCGUGCGGAGAAGUUGCAUGAUAAAACCAAGGGAAAGUGA